UGGUACGACAAUAUAUUUUUUAAAAAUUUUAUUGUUUCGUUACCACAGAAUCUAUAAAGUUGAGUCUUGACCUUUUGCUUGAACUUUGAUCAAGGACGUUUUGAUAUUGGAUAUUACAGUAAAGCUGUUUGUUCCUUUUCCUGCAAUACAAGUGGAGUUUUGAAAUCUUACUCGAUCCAUUCCGGACCUGAUCGGGUAUCUUGUUAUUCUUGUAGACUAAAUACGAUCUAUGUGUUCAUGUGUAUAUAAAUAUAUAUAUAUAUGAGUUUGUAAAAAGUUCUUUUCAAAUUAUAUAUCAUGAGUACUUUACGUUUUCACGUCGCGGAUUACGCUGUGUUUGGUCUUACGUUGAUAUUUUCAAUGGCUGUUGGUAUAUAUCAUGCUGUGGUGUCAAAACCAUCUACAACCAAGGAAUAUCUGUUGGCAAGUCGUAAAAUGAUGAGUAUACCUGUGGCAUUGUCUUUACUGGCCUCAUUUAUGUCUGGUAUUACUAUACUUGGAGUACCGUCAGAGAUUUAUACAUUUGGUAUCCAGUAUUGGCUGGUAGUUGUAUCAUACAUAAUUUUAUUCCCAACAGUUGCAUUGAUAUUUGUACCAACAUUGUAUGAAUUGGGUCUCACUAGUUCUUAUGAGGUAAAUAUUGUUCAACUGUAUGUUCUAAGGCUUUCUGGGCCUGAGGCCUGGAUUGCACAAUCAAGAUUCAGGCUUGCAUGCAUUCUAUAGAUUCUAAGUUAAUUUUUUUUUUAAAUCUCGGGUGCGCAAUUUCCAAACAUAAUACAGUCACAGCACAAUGUUGGAUGAAAAUUUUGAAACAAAAUCAAACUUGAUCCAACAUCUUACAACAUUACCCAACAUAGUGUUCAGAUGAGGCCAGUAAAUAUUACAUCCAACAAUGUCAGAUGAUGUUGGAACAACAUGUUGGCCAUUAUGGCCAAUUAUGGGCCUUAACUGGAGAGUUUUUGAAAGUUUAUUAAUUAAUAGUAAAAAUUAAUGUAUACUUGACACCACAAUGGUUUCAGUGGCAGAUCUGGCCUCAUUUGUUAAUUAAAGGGGGUGAGGUUUCCAGAGGGAAGUGGAUUACUGGGAGGGUCAGGGAGAAAUUUGAGGCCCAGAAAUGCCAUUUCCUACAUUCUGAGCACUACAUUUAAUCAUUAAAUGUGUCCUCAUAGUAAUUGUAUUUCAGGCAAAAAUUAAGAAAAGUAAAUAUACAUAAUGUUGUAUACCUGAUGAUCAUCAUUUUAACCCAGAGGUGAAAAGGAAAAAUUAUUUUAUUGAAAUAAUCUUGAAACAGCAGCAUAUCAGCAUUUGCAACAUGAGGCGUAAAAAAAAUACCUGUGGUUCCGGUUCCCGACCGACCCUAUUUUUUUCUGCCGACCCUAUUAUUUUUUCAACACAAUUGACCGUGCGACCCUAUUUUCUCUGGGUGGUUGCGGGCUGCUGCCAAAAUGGCAUCUGUUGUCACACUACAUGUAAUUAUUGAAAAAAACAUGAAAAAAAUAUUAAAAAAAAAAGUAUUUCCGACCUAUCGACCCUAAUUUUUUCGCGAUAUGAAACCGGAACCACAGGUAUUUUUUUUAUGCCUGAGCACACAUCUGAUGAGGAUAUAUAGAGUAUACUCCUAACAUGCAUGAAGUACCUAUGAUGGUGAUUAUAUGCAUGUGCAUAUUGAAUGAUGUAUAACUCCUAUGAUUUCUCGACAAUUUUAUUUGUAUACGAACUGCUUAAAACUCCUACUGAUUGAUCCUCCCUAAAAUUAAUGUGCUUUAACCUGUAGCACGGUCUACACCAACUGCUAUGUUACAACUUAUAUGCAUGGUUAGAUCAAGUCCUGUUGUAUUGGUGCUAAUUGAAUAUUUUCUCACAUACUUAAAAACCAAUAAUUGUCUCAAUAUAACAAGUAGUGUUCACAACCAGGGACAGAUCUUAGAAAUCUCAUUAGGGAGUACACUCUUGGGGAGUGUACCAUUAUUAGAUUAUUCAUGGUUAUAAUUUGUUACUCCAACAGUACAAAACGUCAGUAUAUGGUUAGGUUGUUUACAUGCAACAACAUUUUAAUUUAGAAGCAAAAAUUUGACUGUUUUGCCCAUUUGUGAGUUUAGGCAUGGGUAAUGAGAACCAUAUUCAUCAUAUUGGAGUCAUAGCAAUAAUUUUAUGUAACAACAGUCCCUAUAGUUGUUAUCAGAAUUCUGGAUAUCGUAUUACGUACAUCUUAACACCAGACCAUGUGGUUCAGUCAAUACAAAUACAUCAAUAAAACAUUUGCCAAUACAAAAUAAACAUGUCAUAAAUAGAAUUAAUAGAAUAUCUUUAUCUUAUCACUGUACACUACUACACUUCUUCUUUCCCCACCAAGCAAAUCUCGGUAUAAAAAUCUCUGCACCAAAAUUUCUAGAGAGGCUUAAAAAAUUUGGUGUCACAGAUAGCAUCUAAAAGCUUGUUGACAGAUUGUGUAUUUGAAGCGUGGAUAUGCUUCAACAGAUCUGUGUUUAGCUUUCCUAGCUACUGUAUUGGAGAUUGUUAUUCGUACACACAGACUGAACUCAAAUAUCUCUUUCAAUCUAAAUUGUGAUAUGUGUAAUAUUUGUAAAUGGCAAACUUAGCCUUAAAAUAAGCAACAGCAGACUGAAUUUAUGUUUACUUGAUAUGACCACAUGCUACUGUAAAUAAAAUAUGUUAUAUGCUACAGCAGUUUACAUAUGCGCUGCAGCUAUAAUUGUCUCAUAUGAAUAGUGGUAAUAAGAAUUUAAAUUACUCAAACUUGUCAUAGACAAGAGACUGUGUUGGACAUGUUGGACAAUUUCCCUAUUGACCAAUGUUCACAUAAUUUUUUGGCUAAAAUUAAGGCAAAGCGGACAUCUGAACUUUUGUCCACCUCAAAACCAUGAACUAACCAUAACUGUCUGCGGCUGAACUCUUAUACUGCCUUAAUACUUGACUAACACUGUAUUGCGUAUUGUAUGAAAUACAGUUGGAGUAAUAAAAAGGACUGAUAGUGUAACAUAGUCGGAGAAAUAUUUUCAAAAUCAUUUGUUAUCGGAACUAAUGAAAUAAGAAAUUAUAUGAGGUAGUUACAUCCUAGAUAUAAGAUUGCAAAAUCUAUAAUUUUAAUACAGGUUUAAUACUGUACGUUAGAAAUACUUUCUUUAUAUCACCAAUAAUACUGUUGAAAACCACAGUCUGUGGCCAAAAGGUUUUCCCAAUUAGCCUAUGGAGAAUCAUUGGUUAACAGAAAAUCUAAGAUAGAAAUAAGAGGGAAAAUAUUUGUAGACUAAAUGAAUCAUGAUUGAUUGAUGGAAAUUAGAAACAAUUUCUAUUUUAAUUUAUAGUAUUUGGAAAGACGUUUUUCUUUUGGCAUCAGAAUAAUUGGAACGACACUGUUUAUAUUCUACACGGUAAGUCCAUCAUAAUUAUUUACAAACUUUUGUGAAAAAGGGAAACAGUUCAGGGAUGGGUCCAGCAUGAUCUGGUAGGGGGUGCUCUGGUGCUGAGUUGUGUCGGUCAUGUGCGCUAGUCUUGCUUCACUACUGUAUUUGAAUUGUAACUGUUAUUCCCAGCUCGCUCAAAUCAUCUCAUUUUGCCUCUAAUAUUUUUGUGCUUUAUCAUGAAAAAUAGCCUCCCCCAGCCCCCCCCCCAAAAAAAAAAAAUCAGUAAAUCCAUCCCUGAAACAGUUAAAUAAUACAUUUAAGCUAAUGUUAGCUGCUGUGUUAUCUCCUGGGUUUUUUCUGAAAUAUCCUUCUGUAAUUUGUGCGUGCAAUUCUUGGGACUUAGCAAUUCUGCAUGGUGUGUAGGGAGUGGGUUCCUGUCAGUGAUGUAGUUUACAAACGUCCACAUCACUGAAAAUUUAUGUAAAUCACCAUCGGUUUUGACGCAAUUUGUUUGCAAAGUUGCUUCAGAAAACACACCCUGAUGUUUCACAACUUAGCGUAAGCUGUCUUGCAAAGUAGAGCAAAAACAAUGGUAAAACCACUGCCUCAUCCCAAUGUGAAUACAUCUCCCUGGUAAUGGUAUGGUUACUCUAUUUCGUUUGCCCCACUUGACGUCUGAUAAUCAAUAAAAAAGGUCAGUUACACUUGAGGUAAAAUUAUCAACAUUGAAGUUCAAAUUUCAGAUAAAAUCCUUAGACACACCCGCAUACAGCGCUACGUCCCUAUACCUGCAUGUGUAAUAUGAAAACAUUGGAUCUUUUGAAAUUUCAACAGUGCUUUAUUUAUUGCGUAAUUUUAGUUGUUUUAUAUGGCAAUUGUUACUUAUGGUCCAUCUUUGGCUCUUCAGUCAGGUAUUUAUAUUUGGCAGACGAGAAUCGUCUAAGCCGAGAAAAUCAAAGCUGAAGUUUAUGUAAAUCAGGACAAAUCUUUAUCCGGUUUACAAACAUUGAUUAAACAUUAAUUUCUUUUGUAUUUUCCUUGUGAAUUAUUAAUGAAUUUUUUAAAUAUACAUAUUGUUGCGUGUGAUUUGAAUGAAUGUAGUGUACGUAUAUAUAUCGUGUUUAGACUCGAAAUAACCAACGUCUUUAAGCGGCCACGGCUUGAAUAAGUCGUGAACGUCGACACCCAUCAUUAUUUUAGUAACUGGGAAAGCAUUAAGAGGAACACCUAACCAAGUUGUGACUGCCAAUUCUCUGAUGCACUCUCAUGCAUCCUCGUUUGAUCCAGGUUUGAUGUGUGGAUUGAUUCACAAACACGCUGCAUGACUUAGGUGAUAUCUCGCAUGGUAACAAGUUGAUUUGUGCUUUAACUGUUUCUCUAGUUACCGGCUUACCGAUUUGGGUAUCUAUUUUAUCAAUUGGCGUUGUAUGCACUUUUUAUACAACAAUAGUAAGUUCAUUUACAUGUAUCAGUAAUAUUUGUUUUGCUUAUAUUGUUGGUUCUGAAGAUCAGAGUUCAUGUUUGCGAUGACCAGGACAGGGAAAGAACUGAGAGGCCGUCCAAUUGUGUUGUUCCCGCAACAUGCAGCCGCGAAUAGGAAAACCGCACCUCCUUGGGAGCAUGACAAUGCAUGCGCACUUUUCGUUAUUAUACUGUAAUUCUAUAUGCUUGUGUGAUGUUACUCUGAGUGUAUAUGCACACCGGGCAGGCUUGAAAAAUAUGCCUGGCCACAGUGGGAUUCGCUCUGCCAACUGAGCUACGCGGUCAGGUCGGUUCGACUAUGCGAUAUUUCGGAACUGAGUCUAGUUCCUUCGAUAUCAGUGUAAUCUAAUAAUCAUGAUAUUUGCUGUGUUGGUGUAAUGUAUACUCAGGUGAAUAUAAAGACGCUUGUGUGAUGUUACUCUGAGUGUAUAUCCACACCGGGCAUAUGCCUAGCCACGGUGGGAUUCGAACCUACGACCUUUGGAAUACUAGCGCAAUGCUCUGCCAACUGAGCUACGCGGUCAGGUCGGUUCGACUAUGCGAUAUUUCGGAACUGAGUCUAGUUCCUUCGAUAUCAGUGUAUUAUUAUUAUUAUUAUUAUUAUUUAUAUUUAAUCUUAUUGACACACAUAUACAACGGUAGCCCUUCAGCAAGUUUAUGUACAGUUCCUUCAGGGGUUUUUUUCAGGGAUUUUUUAGGGCCGUUAAACGGCCCCAAAAACUCAAUCUUGAAUUGAGUUUUGAAACUCAAUCUUCUCACCAAAGUUUCAGUGCAGUAAAAAUGAAGUUGUUUGAGUUAAAUUCGUGAUGUGUGGAAAUUAGUUUUCAGUUGGAAACCCGACAAUUAAGAAAAAAUGGCUGGAAUUCAUCUCACAACACAAGAAAAACUAUGCAUUCGCCAUCUUUAACCAGUUUAUAGUGUCCCUUAGUGCCCCUGCAUGCUUUAACACAUUCCGUCUCAACUACAUUUAUUGAGUACAGGUGUCAGCCCCCCGGUAGGGGGUGGGGUGUAGCCACCCCAGCUGUUCAGCUAAACUCAAUCUUCUCUGCAAAAACGGACCCAAGAGAAAAUCCUGAAAAAAACCCUGAGUUCCUUGUAGCUGAUUUUCAAGGGGCCGUUGAUUAAUAAUAAAGGAAGAAAAUAAUGAAAAUAUACAAAUAUAUAUAUAUAUAUAUAUAUAUAUAUAUAUAUAUAUAUAUAUAUAUAUAUAUAUAUAUAUAUAUAUAUAUAAUAUAUAUAUAUAUAUGACACACGAAUAAUCCCCCCCCCCCCUUCCUUCACUCAGUCCUCCCACCCACCCUUAUAAUAAAACAUUAAAAACUUUAACAAACGUAGAUUGUUAGGGCUAGUAUUCCAAAGGUCGUAGGUUCGAAUCCCACCGUGGCCGGGCAUAUUUUUCAAGCUCGCCCGGUGUGGAUAUGCACUCAGAGUAACACCACAAAUAUCAUAUUCACCUGAGUACACCACGCCAACACAGAAAAAAAAAUCUACGUUUGUCUGUCUCGGAGCAGCGCUUUAAAUCCUGUUAAUGUUAUACCAUUAUCUUUAAGUUCUGUUGGCAGUUCAUUCCAAGUCUUUACUCCUGAGUAGCCGAUACUUUUUUUUAAGAAAAUUAGUUUUAGGCUUUUUUAUCGAAAAGUCACAAUCGUUAUUGCGUAAAUUAUAAUUUUCAUUAUUUUUCACAUUAAAAAUAUCAGUAAUUGUUGUCAAGUAUUUGCCAUUUUUGACUUUGUACAUAAAAACUGCCUUAUUCUCUUUCCAAUUUUCUAUCAGUGGCUGCCAGCCUAAUUCCUGUAAAAUAGUCUCGGACCUAACUUCGUACGACCUACCAGUAAUGACUCUUGCAGCCCUGUUUUGCAUUUUCUGCAGCUUUUCAAGCGAGUAAACAUUACCAAUGUCCCAAACAAGGCUACAGCAGUCAAAGUGAGGUUUUAGGCUACUAUUGCAUUAUAAACUGAAAUUAAUGUUGACUGGGGUACAAAAUUUUUCAUUCGUCGAAUCAUGCCUAUGACCUUUGACACCUUGAUAACGACAUUAUCUAUGUGUAUUCCAUUUUAGCUGAUCAUCAAUAAUGAUACCUAAAGUUUUUGUUUCUUUCACUCUUUUUAUAUUACAAUUUCCUAAUUUAACUUCUGGAUCACCUUCAAUUUUGCUAAUCCGUUGCCUAGACCCGGCUAUCAUAUAUUCAGUUUUGUCCUUAUUGAGAGUUAAUUUAUUGGCCAAUAACCAUUGAUGUAUAUUUUCCAAAUCAUUGUUUAAUUUUGUUUGGAUGUCUAUAAUCGAACACCCGCUUGCUGUCAGAUUAGUAUCGUCUGCAAACAAACUGGCUGUAGUCGUUCUUAAACAAUUAGGCAAGUCGUUUAUAUAAAUAAGAAACAGUAUUGGGCCUAAAUUUGAACCUUGUGGUACACCACAACGAAUUAUUCCAGGUUGGGAUGUCACUUGAUUUACUUUACACAUUUGGUUCCCUUACAGCCAAAGUAAGACAAUUUUUUUAGCAAAAUAUCAUGGUCGACACAGUCGAAAGCUUUUUUUAGAUCGAGAAAAAUAAUUCCGUUUAAUGAAGUCGAAUAUGUUGGAAAGAGAUAGAUAGUUAAAAUCGAACAACUGGCCACUAAGCAGGACAACAACUUGAAACACAUUUUGUGGCAUAUAUUUUGGGCAGAGAAGUGCUCGAAAACAGUUCCGGCCGAACUGUCUAGAGGCUCUCGCUAACCUAAGUUUUAUCUAGAGAAACAGGCGAAUCUUUAGACUGCAGAGGGCAUGCUUGACUCUGUGCAUGUCGUUCAGCGAGUUGAGACCUAGUUGGACUGGUGAACAACUAUUGGUAUAGGGCACAUUACCCAGGGUACUCAAAUCUGGCUGAGGAUACAUGCAAAAACUGUAGGUUGUUAUAGAGGAACAGGCGGACCUCUAGAUAACAGGGGAACAGGCGAACCCCCGUUCAGACCAUCAGGCCGUCGACAUUGAGACCUAGUUGGACUGGUGAACAACUAUUGGUAUAGGGCACAUUACCCCGGGCCACAACUGAUAACCUGACUGACCACAUCGAGUCUCUAGGUCUGCUCAUUAUAUUUUUCAUCAAUACAAAAAUAUUUAGAACACAAGUACGUCGUUACAUGAUUGUGUUAAGCCCGUUUUCUACUAGGCGAAAUAGCGAAGCGAAGCAACAAGUAAAAAAGUUGGAACUGAUCCAACUUUUUCGCACGAACAAAUUGAGUGCAUGUUUGAACUUCAAUCGUCUUUUUCAGGGAGGUAUCAGAGCAGUAAUUUGGAAUGAUGUAUUUCAAGCAGUCGUGAUGCUUGCGGGUCUGGUGACAGUGGUUAUUGUCGGCACUUCCAAAGUAGGUGGAGUGUCACGUGUUAUGUCGGUUCUCCGAGAUAAUAACAGAACUGAUAUUAGGUAAGUAUUUAAAAGUGAGUUACUGGUGCUUUUACCACGUUAUCUAUGACGUCAUCAUCUAUAUCUGAACAGACAACGACAAAACAUUAUCUGCAUGCUUGUUUUACAUAGCGACGGAAAGAAAUUUGCACGCCAUUUGAUGUGCUGUAUGAUCUAUACAAAGUAAUGCGCGCCAUUGGUUCGUCGCACUACUGAGAUGGCUGCCAUUGGCAUAAAUAUAUACGUCACAAAAAAUGGCGUCAACCGUGAGUCUGUCCUAUAAUACAUCAUGGCUCUCAUCCAAAGAAAAGCAGCUUCAAGUCACAUAGAAAUUUAAAGUAAUUACCAUACAUAAGAUGUCAUAUUAUAGUUUAUUAUUACAUGAUGUUUACCAUUAUGAUAUUUACCAUUAUGAUGUUUACUUUUUUAUCAAUGUUUAAAGUCCAAACUUUACGUGAAAUAGCCAUGCAUGCAGUUUGACAGAGCACUUAAAUGAAAACUGUAUAAAUCGUACUUAUAGAUUAUAUAAAAAAUAAAGUCUACAGCCCAGGGGCCGGUUGUUCAAAAGGUUAGCUUAACAAAAUCUUCAGAACAAUCUUCCCAACAGCUUUUCUAGAAAUCGUGUCUGGAUGAACAGAAAUUUUAUUUUUUAAAGUUUUGAAAUAAAUGGGCGUGCAGAGCUACACAAACCGAAACAGCGGAUUAAAUUUAUAUAGCCCAAGCAACUAGCGCUCAUGCAAUAACAGGGCUGCAAAUUAAUAUUUGACUUGAUAGGACAUUUGUCUGAUCACUUUUAAUUUUGGUGGGACAUAACUUGAAUUUGGUCGGACAAAAACCAACAGCACUAAAUUUGGUGGGACAUAUAUACGUCACAAUAUAUUAUAUAAGCCACGAGACAAGUCUGUAUAGCCAUUCCGGCGCAACGUUAUAAGUAAAAUGGUAGAAUGCCUCGUAAAUUUUAUUGCAAAAUGCAAAUUGAGUGAUUUUGCAGUCGGAUUUUGUCACAGCAAAAAAAUGUAUAAUGUGACAAUUUUUUUGUGAUCGGACCAAUGCCCGAUCAAAAUUACUUUUGCUCGGACAUUCGCCGAAUUUAGUCGGACAUUGUCCGAUGUCCCACAGUAAUUUGCAGCCCUGAUAAAGCGUCUUGGUACUAUAUACCUCUUGGUACAUUUGUGAUCGUUGGGGGUAAACAUUGACUAUGCGCCCCUACCUUUUCUCCGAACGCAUCUUUACAUAACAUGGCUCCAGCUCUUAAAAUUACGAUGCAAGUUGCCCCGCCUAUUUUUAAUCUUCAUUUACAUUUUAUCUCUUUGUUUAGUUUUAGUUUUGAUCCAAGGGAAAGAACGACAUUCUGGGUAAUGUUCAUUGGUGGGGCAUUUGCAAUUUUACCUUUAUGGUCUGUAAAUCAAACCGCAGUUCAGAGAUUUUUAUCUGCAAAAUCUCUCAAGGACGCGCAAAGGUGAGACAUCCCUGACACCCGUCACUUAUUCCAGUCAUGAUAUAAUUAUAUGCCCGCGUGAUUAUAUUAAAAAGGUGUCCGUCUUAUAAACCUAUUAUUUCAGUGAUGUUGGUGGAUCCCAAGGAAAGUAUUAAUGAUCUAUGUUUUGAGGUGGAUGUUAGCCUAAUCAAAAACUGUACGCUCUUUUCUCUUCAGUGUACUAUGCUAAUACCUAAGAGGACAAUUUUAAACAGUUGUUGCAUGGAUGAGACUGAUAACACUUACCAACACCUUGAUAAUUCGGGAUAUCACAAAAAACAAAUUCAAUAACUGUUUUAUUAUACAUUGCAUUUUCAUUAAUUCUUUCGACAAACAGUGAUUUGUCGCACAAACCAACGUUUGGUUUUCCAAAAAAAGUAAUGAAAAACGAUUUUAAAAAACAUAAUAACAGCAUAAAAAUAUUAGAAAACUCAUUCCGAUAAAAAUGUCAAAAGCAAAACGAUAUCCUCCUCCCAUCUUAUAUUUAUUUUCAUCUUUUCCUUAAUUAAAGUAAAGUAAAAAAAUGCUUCACAGUUCAUUGUAUGAAACGACUUUGCCAUAUGUUCCAAAAUCUUGACUCAUUCCACGGCUAAAAGGGAUGAACGAGAGGGGUGUUUUCAAGAUAGUUUACCAGCCUAGGGUAAAGUUUAAGAUUGUAAGGGUAAGAGAGACCAUGCACGUAAAAAAGUACGUGACAAUCUGCUAUUCGUGGUCAUUUAUGGUCAAUCUUGGUCCAUAAUUCGCACUUUUUGAGCAGACGCUCUUGGAUAUGUUGACCAGGCCCAGUCAGAUUUUAAGAAUUGCCUAUAUUUCAUUCCUUUCCUCCUAGAUCAGUCUGGUUGGCACUACCAUUGAGUUUCGUAGCAGUGUCACUUUGCUCAAUAUGUGGAGCUGUUAUAUUUGCAUACUAUGCAGGCUGUGAUCCAAAAUCACGGAAGGCAAUAACUAGUUCCGACCAGGUAAUACGUCCGUUAUGAAAAUAGGGCCACUACAUGCGUACGUGGAGCUCUUACAAAGAAUUUUAAAUUAUCAUUUAGUUACCAUUGUAUCUGUAUAGUGUAUCUGUAUAUAACAUAUACAUAUAACUCCACAGGCAAAUUAAUUGACACCUCCCCUCAUAGUACAAUGUUGGCUACAUCUUAGCAAAAGUAGCCGGAGCAGAGAGGAGUUAUAGUAAUAGUAAUAUUUUUGCUGCGCCAUGAUUGCAUAUACAGUAAGGUGACCAUCAACUGAACGACUGCAUUUCACCACGGAGUCGGCUCAGGACUCGACACUCGUAGCCUUUCUCCGCGGUUACUCAUGUACAUGUACACUGUUGUACAUGGAAGGUUAACAGCUGUGCAUGUGUGUGUGUAUACGAGUUAAUAAUCGAGAAAGGAGGCUUUUAUCCGCAUACAUCCGUGCAGACCAUUCGACGCUAGAAUAACUAUAGGGCUAGUAUGUGAUAUGUAUAAUCGGUCACUGGCGUUUCUCAUGUAUAUUUGCUUUUCAGGUAUUGCCGUAUUUUGUAAUGGAUGUAAUUGGACAUCUCCAUGGUCUACCAGGCGUCUUUCUUGCUUGUUUGUUCAGUGGAACAUUAAGGUAUCCACAAAUUAAGAUGUUUUGCAAAAGAUGACAUUUUUCAAGUUGUGUGAUAUUCUUGCUGGUCUGACCACGAGCAAUGACCGCUUGUAUAAAACUGUUAACUACUUUUUAACCACUCUUUUGUAGUUAACUUGUAGUUAACUCUUAAACACCGCGCAUUUUGAUUGGUUAAAUUUCGCACCAAUUGUAUAUAGUUAACUUUAACUACUUUUUAUACAACCACCCCCAGGUCUAAAACUACAAAUGGCCGAGCUGGAAUUCAGUUUGCGGUGUAUAAUUGCUUGUUUUAUUCUGUGUAUUUUAUAACACUAUUGUAAAAACAUUGGUAAUGUGAAGCACGAAUCCAUGUAAAAUUCCUGAUUCGAAAAUGUACAUUUUACGAGAUAUUAAGUACUUUUACCCCGAAAACGGAUUACAAUUUGCCUUUUUUCGUAGGCUCCCAGCCUACAGUACAUGUAAGUUUAUCAUUUCCUGGCAUUACCUAUUUAUGUAUAUUGAUUAUAAUUAUAUUUACUAUUUUUCAAGCACUCUUUCUUCUGGGUUGAACUCUUUGGCUGCAGUAUUUUUAGAAGAUUUUAUAAAACCUUUUGUGAAUCAUCGGAAUUUCAAUAUCUCUGAAAUAAAGUUGACGCAGUUGUCGAAAUUUAUAGGUAAAGACGAUUUUAUAAUUAUUCCCAUUGUCCAUUAUUAUUAAUUUUGGUAGUCAAGCUCCAAGACUACCACUUGCCAUUAUGCCCGAGCUACUCCAAACACUGAAAAUGGCAGAACGUUUUCGAUAUGUCCUAUUGAAUAUACCGAGUAUACCCCCAAGGCCACAAUUAUGGCAUUAUGUCACCCCUUUGCCCGCAACGUCCUUCCCAGACUUUUGCCCCAUGUGAAACAUCGAUAACUACACUAUCAUUUUGCACUGAUUUUCAGUAAACCUUGCUGUAUUGUAUCAACCGCAUUCACACAAAAAUAUAAAUAUUGAUCUUUAUCUUCGUCACAAUUUUACUAUUUUUCAAAUAUUUGUAUCAUAAUUUUAGCUGCACUAUUGGGUCUGAUCACAGUUGGAUUGUCAUUUUCAGCUGGAUCACUGGGAACUAUUUUGCAGGUAUAUUUUCUUUUCUUAUUUUAUUCGUAGGUUUCGUGAAUAAAGAAAAUUAAGGUUCAUAUAUAAUCCACGUAUCCUGGUUUUGGAGGUUUAGUAUACCUGCAUGGUUCCAACAAUAAAAAUCAACCUCUGGAGCCAGGGUAGAGGUUUAGCGAGGUCAGAGGCGAACUGUGUGUAGUCUACUUUACACUCUGCUGUAUUAAGAUGAUUUCAUUUUAAAUUAUCAAGUCUUUUUACCAAAUUUCUGGUGUUGCUGGCGGUCCUGUGGUUGCAGUCUACUCGAUGGGGAUGUUCACUAAAUUUGCAAACAAAAAGGUACUAUUACUUCUCUUCAAGUUGCAAACAUCUCUUCCGAAUUAUAGUAGUUAUAUGUAUUCGGAUUAAAUAGUUGUGUAGUGUACUGCAUUAGUAAUGCAUAAUAUUUUCUAGGGAGCUUACAUUGGUCUUGCCAGUGGACUUACUUUUGGUUUAUUUGUCGCUAUUGGUGCUAAGAUUCAUAAACCACCCUUGUCAAUACCAAAGGUUUCUAUUGAUCAGUGUUCUGAAGCAAAUCUGACUCUGACAGUUGCAAAUAAAACAAAGUAAGUGAGAGAUUAUUUAUGGGGAGUUCAAGAUAGUCUCGUGACAAAAGGUUGGGUGUUAUUACAACACAUGAAUAAAGACUCCCUAUAGUUGAAAUAUUUGCUCCCUAAAAACACUCAGUGACAAUACAUUGCAUACAACUUACCGAAUUAUCAUACUCGAAUAAUAAAGGUUAUUAUUUUUUGUCUGUCUGAAUAGGAGGAUAUAUGAUGGUUUAGAUAUUUACAAAAUAUCUCCAUUCUGGUACAGUUUUUACUGCUUUUUCAUAACAUUCAUUGUUGGUCUACUGGUUAGCUUUCUAUGGAAAGGUAAAAAGUUAUCUCUCGUAUAUAAUUUUACCCACACUGCUUUGUUGGCAUUACUUGUUCCCAACUUGUAAGCAGUAUAGUAUUGUAGUAGAAAAUGUAAUAAAAUUAAAUAAAUAAGACAAGUUACAAUGUCUUUUUUCUCCAGCUUCCUUUGCAGGUUGUGAUCACAAGAAGUGUAUAUUUCAACUAUGAUCCCAUCCAUUUAUUGUUUGUUCUCAAAUACUUUAUGUUUAGCAGAGGUUCCAAAAUCAAUGAAGGAAGCUGAAUUGUUACCUUUAUUAAAGACCUUUCUCGAUCGUGGACACUUUCCUAAUUAUAGACCUUCCUUUUAUUUCUAGACCUUCCUUAUUAUAUAGUAGGCCAAAAUUAUAUUGUAUAUAGUGCAUAAUUUAAAGCGAUUUGAUAUGUUACAACUGGUUAUGUAAACACGAUUUUCUUGUAUCCCCUUUGAUGUAGAUAAUGAACAACAUGUUGACCCAAGGCUCUUAUUUAAGUGGAAACGUUUACUUCCUGCAAAGUUUACUGGCAUGAAUGAUGUACAAGAUGAACAAGAUGAGAAAAUCGUUCUUCACGAUCAGGUAAUCAUAGUACUGGAGACGAUUGAGCGAAGCAUGUACAGCCAAUCUCGUACCCUGAACCCGAGAUCCCUUGGGAAAAGGACCGCAGGCUCAGGGGUACGAGAUUGGUGUGUAGCGUCAGCGGUUGAUAAUUCGGAAUUGAUGACUUUUCAAUGUAAUUAGUGUUCUUAGCCCAGAGAACACAAUGGUAUUUUUUCGUCUAAAAAUUAACCAAUUUCUCCUAAUAUAGGAUUCUGGUAAACAACAAUCUGUUAAUGCAACUGAAGACAAACGUAAACACGAUUCCAUGGUGUUAGUGAACUCUAGUCCUGUAGAAGAAAUGUCGACAAACCUGUAAAAAAAUAUUUAUUGCAUACAUAAACUAAACACAGAGCAAACACAAUACGUUCACUCGUACAACUGGCGGAAGUAAUUUUCCUUAAUUUAAGCCAUUACGUUACCGUUUGAAGAAAAAUAUAUUUUUAAGGGUCCUCGAUAGUAUGUACGUCAUUCCGUACCUAUCCACUGUAUUUUGAGAUGCAUAUUGAUAAGUAUAUGCAUCUUCGCCGCAACCUCCCCAAGAAUCCCCGCGCGCCUAGCUCACCCAGAGCUCUGAACGCUAUUAAUUACUAAAGAGCCUGGGUACGAGGCUGGGAUAUAGCUAUUAUUGCCCUCCUGAUGAAAAAGCCCUGCGUACGGCCCUGAGUAUACUGCACAUAAUAAAUAUAUAUUGAAUAUUAAUUUUCAAUUUUACAAAUUGGAAUAAUAUAUUUGAAUAAAUUUAGUAGAGAUUUUAUGCAUGUAUUUAUACGG